CUUAAACGUCUCUACCUACCAUUCCAACAUAUAGAUGUGCAUACAUAUAUAUAUAUAUAUAUAUAUAUACAUAUAUAAAAUAACCCCUCACUUCUCAGUAGCCAGCAAACUAGACAAAUAAUCAGUUGCCCUCUCAUACCAUUUGUGUUCUAGUCAAUCACAAAAAUAAAUACAUAUAUAAAUAUAUAUACAAUGUAUUUAAAUAAUAAUAAAUGACCGGAAGUGAAAUGAAAACUAAAGUAAAGGGCUAAAAGCCAUUUUAAUGUCUAGUGAAUUUUAUCAUUAUUGUUUUUAUUUUACUUAAUUAAAAGUUUAUUAAUUUAUGGCUAGUUAAUUAAUUAAUUAAUUAAUUAAUUAAGUGAAGAGAUUUAUUUAUAAAUUUGUUUAUAUAUAUAUUUAUAUAAAUUAUAUAUAUCAAGUGUUAUUUGUUGGGAGGUUAUAUUAAUGUGGCGACCGGUGACGUGAAAAUUGUACGAUAUCUUGUGUCACGGCUUUGAAUAUAUAUAUAUUUAUAUAUAUAUAUAUAUAUAUAUUGGGGAAUAUAUGUGGGUUUGAAAGUGACGUUCUAGUCACACAAGUUGACACGUGAUUGUAAAGUAAUAAUAAUAUUAAAUAAUAGUAAUAAUAAUUAAAUAAUAAUAAUAAUAAAUAGUAGUAGGGUGAGUGUGUCUUGUCACAAUGGCGGAUGACGAAGUGCUCUUCGAUGAUGUUUACGAGCUAGGAGAAGUUAUUGGCAAGGGACCAUUCAGUUUAGUAAGAAAAUGUGUAUUAAGACAAACAGGACAAAUAUUUGGUGUGAAAAUAGUCGACGUAGCUAAAUUUACAUCAAGUCCUGGUUUAAGCACCGCUGAUUUGAAAAGGGAGGCAACAAUAUGUCACAUGUUAAAGCAUCCACAUAUUGUGGAAUUGUUAGAAACUUACAGUUCCGAAGGGAUGCUCUACAUGGUGUUCGAAUAUAUGGAUGGUUCAGACCUUUGUUUCGAAGUUGUAAGACGUGCAACUGCUGGAUUCGUGUACAGUGAGGCCGUAGCUAGUCAUUAUAUGAGACAAAUAUUAGAGGCAUUAAAAUAUUGUCAUGAAAAUGACAUUAUUCAUCGAGAUAUUAAACCACAAUGUGCAUUGCUAGCCGGUAAAGAAAAUUCAGCGCCCGUUAAGUUGCGCGGAUUUUGUGUUGCGACCCAACUGCCAGCCUCUUCAAAUAACACAGAGAAUUACACGACCGAGUAUCGACAGUAUCUGAGCCCGAAGGGGCAGCUGUACUUGAAGACCGAUAGUGAGGGAAGAGUAGGAUGCAGGCAUUUCAUGGCGCCGGAGGUGAUCCAACGUCGUCAGUACGGAAAACCUGGUGAUGUUUGGGCUGCUGGUGUCUUAUUGCACGUCUUGUUGACAGGCACAUUACCAUUUCUGGGGUCUGGUGAUCGUUUAAGAGACGCAAUAUGUCGCGGGCGUGUGCAAAUGGAAUCGCCAAUAUGGGAUUAUAUAAGUGAACCGGCGAAAGAUUUAAUCGAGAGAAUGUUAACAGUUGAUGUUAAUCACCGAAUAACGAUACAAGAAGUUCUUAAUCACAAGUGGCUUAGAGAUAGAGACAAGGGUGCUGCACGUAUUCAUUUAAGUGAAACAAUUGAGGAAUUGAAAAAAUUUAAUUCUAGAAGAAAGCUCAAGGAAUCUGUUAGAAAAGCCAUUGACUCACCAAAGUGGCAUUUAGAUAAUUCAAGUGAUAAUUUUUCAGAUGUGGGUGAUGAUGAUAUUAUUUCCAAAGAUGCUGUAGAUGAAAUACUCGAUUCUUUAGACGAUAUUGAGAUUUUACAAGAGAGUGCGAGACUCACACGUGCCGAAGUACUUGCUGCUGUUGAUGAUUAUUGGUUACGCGGGCUAUUGGAGUUAUACGAUAGAAUUGAAACAAAAAUACCAACGCCAACUCGUCCGCCACCAACGGAUGCCUCAAUUCGCUUGCGUGAAGUCGAGGAAUUAUUGCGGGAACUAGAAUUAUCUAAAUUUCGUAAUAUUGAUCUCUGUGAUUUACAUGAACUACAGGAAUUGCUCAGUCAACCUCAUAUUAAGUCAUUACUACAAGCUCACGAUGUGGCAGGCCACGAAGUGUACGGCGAAGAAGCGACACGAGUCACUCCACCCCCGAUAUUCCCAUACCUCAACGGCGUUGACGAUAUCGAGGGUCAAAAUGGAGACAUGGACGUCGAAAAUGUCACAAGAGUUAGACUUGUACAGUUUCAAAAAAAUACCGACGAGCCCAUGGGGAUAACAUUAAAAAUGAAUGAAGAUGGUAAAUGUGUGGUAGCGCGAAUAAUGCACGGCGGAAUGAUUCACAAGCAAGCAACCCUUCAUGUACUAGAUGAAAUUAAAGAGAUCAACGGGAUCCCGGUUGCCAAUCAGUCGGUUAAUACGCUUCAGAAAAUGCUCCGCGAAGCACGUGGCUCAGUGACAUUUAAAAUUCUGCCCUCGUAUAGAAUUGCACCGCCACCAUGCGAGAUAUUCGUACGCGCUCAAUUUGACUACGACCCACUUGAAGAUGAAUUAAUACCAUGCGCGCAAGCAGGGAUAGCUUUUAAGACAGGUGACAUACUACAGAUCAUCAGUAAGGACGAUCAUCAGUGGUGGCAAGCAAGAAAAGACAAUGUCGCGGGUUCCGCGGGUCUCAUUCCUUCGUCGGAGCUCCAGGAAUGGAAAAUUUCAAAUAUGGCUAUGAGAAAAAAUAAACCAGAACAAGAUGCUGAAGGGGAAGGUGGAUGUUCACCUCACACCGAAGGCUGUGACAGCUCGACAGUCAAUUGCUCAAUUUUUGGCCGCAAGAAAAAACAAUAUAAGGACAAAUAUCUGGCAAAACAUAACGCGGUAUUUGACCAGCUGGAUCUGGUUACAUAUGAGGAAGUUGUUAAAGUACCACAUGAAGCAUUCCCCCGGAAGACACUAGUAUUAUUGGGAGCACAUGGUGUUGGUCGUCGUCAUAUAAAAAACACAAUAAUUGCCAGGCAUCCAGACAAAUAUGCCUAUCCAAUUCCGCAUACAACGAGGCCUCCACGGAACGACGAAGAAAGUGGGCGCAAUUAUUACUUUGUCACACACGAUGAAAUGAUGACUGAUAUCAGCGCAAAUGAGUACCUUGAAUAUGGGACACAUGAGGACGCGAUGUAUGGAACAAAAUUAGAUACAAUAAGAAAAAUUCACGAAGAAGGAAAAAUGGCGAUUUUGGACGUCGAACCUCAAGCACUUAAAAUAUUACGUACCGCUGAAUUUGCUCCUUAUGUUGUUUUUAUUGCUGCACCCAUCGUACAAAAUCUUAAUGACUACGACGGAAGUCUAGAGAGACUCGGAAAAGAAUCAGACAUGCUUAAGCAAGCGUACGGACACUUUUUCGACCUGACAAUCGUCAACGACGAUAUUGACGAGACAAUUGCACAACUGGAAGGAGCGAUAGAUCGAAUACAGAAGACACCCCAGUGGACGCCCGUGAGAUGGGUAUACUGACAACGAUCACCCUCGCGUACUUCAACAUUGAUCAGCUGCAACGGUACACAGGAUUAUUAAUUUUAUUUAUUCGGAAUAAAUAAAUCGAGAGUACAUCAAAUAAUGAAAUUAAAAAAAAAAAAAGAUAAAUAAAUGGAUCACUGACCACGUGUUCAUCAAUAUUAACUCAAUUAAACAAUCUAUUAUACGCAUUAUUUAAUAAAAAGAGAUGCUACGAGAGAGCUGGGACCGAAAUUAGACCUUUAGCCUCUAGACGCGACUUAAACGCUAAUUAAAUCGCUAAUUAAAUUAUUUAAUUAAUUAAUUACGAGACAGAAACAACCGAUUUAACAAUUAAUCAUUUUUAAAAUAAUAGACACUUUUUAAUCAUUACCUUGCAUUCUUAUCUUACAAAUUAACUAUUUACAGUGCGUUUUAUUGUGGGCUGGAGUUUUAUUCUGUUGCCUGGAUUUUAAUUAAGGGGCUAUUUAUCAUUUAGUUUUUUUACCAAUAAGUUUUGGUAUCUUUCGAGGUAAAUUAUGAGUCAAAUAUUGGAGAUGUCAAUUCGCGGAUAAGGACCUUUUCUAUAGGAAAUUAAAUUCUCUACAAAAAAGUUUCUUAUGACUUUCCAUGUAAAUUUGAUAGUUUACAUGUAAUUGCAAUUUUAAGUAUCUGAAAUGAAAAUUUUGUCUAAACUUGAGAAAUUUAAUUUUUUUUGGAUCUUUAAAUUGUGGGUCAAAUAUUGGAGACGUCAAUUCGCGGAUAAGGACCUUUUUAAUAGGAAAUUUAAUUCUCUACAAAAAAGUCCCUAACCAUUUUUACCCUACGUCUAAUAGUUUACUUACAAUUUAAAUUAUUAUAAGUCAAAGUAUAAAUUUGAUUUAAAAUAAUUAAUGAAAAUCCUUUUAUCCUUUAAUAAAAAUUUCUGCGAAACUAUCAACGAUAUGAAAAAAUUACACAGAAAUAAAUUUAUAGAGGAUUUAAUUUCCUGAAAAAAAUGUCCGAUGACUUUUCGUCUAAACUGGAUAAUUGUGCCAUAAAUAAAAAUAUCGCCUCAAUGCUCCAAUAAAAAACGCAAUUUCGAUUUGAAUAAAAAAUAAAAUUAGCUAUUAAUAUAGAUUAUUAGUACAAAAAAUUAUUAUUUUGUCAUCCCGAUACGAGGUGGAAACGUAAAAUGCCCACUUGUACCCUCUCAAAUCUCUUUCUCUCUUCUCUAUUGUACAACUCAUGUUACAAACGAUAAAAAAAAUA